AGGACCCUGGUGCCAGCAAAGUGACCACCGGAGCUGCUGUCCUUCCCUCUGUCCCUGCUGGGUCCGGUCAGUGCCAGAGUCCAGGAAGUUCCAUAAAGCUCCUGAGAGCUGGCACACUUGUGAGCUCAGGAAUGAGGGAUGAGAUGAAGGGAUCAGAAGAGGAUUUGUCUUGUCUGGUGUCAAGUCCUCAGGAAGGCGAGCUCCGAGGGUGACUGACAGAAAGGGAAGUACCCCGAUGGCCGGCAGCUGGGGACUCCUGGUCCUGGCCCUAGUGAUCCAUCACUUUGCUGUGUGACCUUGGGCAACUCACUGCCCCUGUCUGAGCCCCAGUGUCACCAAAGUAGAACAAGAACUUGAACUAAAAGAACCUGGACAACCGACUCUGAAAUCUUCUCGGCCACAAACCCCGGACUGGCGAUACCCACCCAGGGUUCCCAGAGGCACUCCCACGCCCCACCCCUGGCGAGUGCAGUUGAGGGUGAGAGACGUGCUCCUGCACCCCACGUGGCUUUGAAAACUCAGGAGGAGAAAGUAAUCGUGAAACGCCGCCCGGGGGAGGGGUGAGAAGGGCCGAGAAUCGCGGAGGUGGUGUGAAGGAAUGCAGCAGCCAGGGGCUGUGUCACUGAGCAUUACAUCACACCCAGCCUACACACGCACGGGGCCUGGCACUCACACACACGCGGGGCCCAGCCAGCGCACACGCACGCCGGCGGCCCGGCCGGGGCACGGGCUCGGGACCACGUGGGUGCCCCCCCCAUGUCCUGAGGCCCACACAUGGGCGUGGAGCCCCAUCCUGGUCUGGGCAGCCCCACACCAGGGCCACCCGGGAGCCACGUCGGCCACACACCCUGCAAGCGGUGCACCCCACUCACGCCCGCACCCCAACCACACACACCUCCGCUCGCUGUCCACAGGGCCUCCCUUACAGACAGUGCCCUCCGCUGUCCCCCAAGGAGCCCUGGGGUCUGAGCCCGUGGGGCCAGCGGCCAGGUCUGUCCCGUCCAGUCCUUCACCGGCCUGACACAGUGCCCAGCUUUGGAGGUGCUGGUCGCCCUUGUCCCCAGGCCAACCUUCCAGAAGAAACCCCAGGAGCAUCUAGAUAAAGGAUGGAGCUUGAGCUCCAUCCAGCCCAGAGCCUUAUUAGCCUCACCUAGAGGGUAUGAGAGUGAGCCCAGAUGGACAAGGGUCCCCCCUCUUCUUAGCACAGCCCAGGGCUAGGCAACCUGAGCUCCAGUCUGGGCCCCAGAUCCCACCUGCAAAAGUUGCUUUGAGGGAACAAAGUAUUUUUAAGUGACUUUGAGUGAGAAGUGCCUGGGUGUAAAAUAGACUCCCAGCAUCCUCACGACAGGGUCCAGGAAGCUGACUCUUUCCAGAAUGCAAGUGGCAGGUGGUCCUAGUUAGGUGGACCCCGACCUCUGGCCCCCAGGGCCCCUCCCGUGGGAGGCUCUGGUUCUGUGAAAGCAGAUGCCGCAGGGGUGAGGGAGGACGGCUGGAUCCCUGGGCGACCAGAGGGUCAUUACAUGGCUGCAACUCACAAAGGGCGAAUUUGCUCCCCCGGGGACAUUUGGCAACGUCUGGAGACAUUUGGGCUGUCAAAACUGGGGGUAGGUGUGACUGGCAUCUAGUGGGUAAGAACAGGGACGCUGCUAAAAACCCUAAAUAGCGCGUCAUACAGGACUGCCCCCAGGCAAAGAGCUGUCCCACCCAGCUCCCGACACCCAGGUCCGUCAGCCCGGACAGUGCACAAGGUCGCACCCAGCAGAUGACAGCAGGAACCCAAGAAGCCCGUCGCACACCCAACACGCGUGAGUGCACCAGGGCUUUGCACAGUGUCAUCUUAGCUCUUUCUUCACUGCUCGAGAAACCAGGAGAUUGGAGCAGUGAGUGGGGCCUCUGGCCACACUGAGGCUGCACCCAGGCCCCACCCCACCCCCGCCUGGAAGCAGAGGCUGGGCCAGGACGGGGCUGGGGGCUGAGCCCUCUCCUCCCCUGGCAGGUCCCACCUCAGCCUGCCUCCUGCUGAUGCUCCUGGCCCUGCCCCCCGCGGCCCCCAGCUGCCCCAUGCUCUGCACGUGUUACUCCACGCCGCCCACCGUCAGCUGCCAGGCCAACAACUUCUCCUCCGUGCCGCUGGCCCUGCCGUCCAGCACGCAGCGCCUCUUCCUGCAGAACAACCUCAUCCGCACGCUGCGGCCCGGCACCUUCGGGCCCAACCUGCUCACCCUGUGGCUCUUCUCCAACAACCUCUCCGCCAUCUACCCGGGCACCUUCCGCCACCUGCAGGCCCUGGAGGAGCUGGACCUGGGUGACAACCGGCACCUGCGCUCCCUGGAGCCCGACACCUUCCAGGGCCUGGAGCGGCUGCAGUCCCUGCACCUGUACCGCUGCCAGCUCAGCAGCCUGCCCGGCAACGUCUUCCGCGGCCUGGUCAGCCUGCAGUACCUCUACCUCCAGGAGAACAGCCUGCUCCACCUCCAGGAUGACCUGUUCGCGGACCUGGCCAACCUGAGCCACCUCUUCCUGCACGGGAACCGCCUGCGGCUGCUCACGGAGCACGUGUUCCGCGGCCUGGGCAGCCUGGACCGGCUGCUGCUGCACGGGAACCGGCUGCAGGGCGUGCAUCGCGCGGCCUUCCGGGGCCUCAGCCGCCUCACCAUCCUCUACCUGUUCAACAACAGCCUGGCCUCGCUGCCCGGCGAGGCGCUGGCCGACCUGCCCGCGCUCGAGUUCCUGCGGCUCAACGCCAACCCCUGGGCGUGCGACUGCCGCGCGCGGCCGCUCUGGGCCUGGUUCCAGCGCGCGCGCGUGUCCAGCUCCGACGUGACCUGCGCCACCCCGCCCGAGCGCCAGGGCCGGGACCUGCGCACCCUCCGCGAGGCCGACUUCCAGGCCUGCCCGCCCGCGGCCCCCACGCGGCCCGGCAGCCGCGCGCGCGGCAACAGCUCCUCCAACCACCUGUACGGGGUGGGGGUGGCCGAGGCGGGGGCGCCCCCCGCCGACCCGUCCACCCUCUACCGAGACCUGCCCGCCGAGGACCCGCGGGGACGCCAGGGCGGGGACGCGCCCACGGAGGACGACUACUGGGGGGGCUACGGGGGCGAAGACCAGCGAGGGGAGCAGACGUGCCCCGGGGCGGCCUGCCGCGCGUCCCCGGACUCACGCGGCCCGGCGCUCUCGGCGGGACUCCCCACGCCUCUGCUUUGCCUCUUGCUCCUGGCGCCCCACCACCUCUGACUGCGGUGCUGAGACUGGAGAGGACAGCGGCCGGCCGCACCCCGGGCCUCCCAGCCCAGCGGCGGCUCUGGCCCCGCCCCGCCCCCUGGCCUUGCCGCCCUCCGGGCCCCUCCCAGCUCCCCUCGGGCGGGACAACCCGCUGCCUCUUCAGGCCUCCCGGGCUGCUGCCUCGAGGCAACCCAGGACGGAGUGUCCGGUGGCCCAGCCCUGGUCCCAACUCUGACCACUAACUGGGCCCCAUCCCCAGGCUGGGGUGGGGCACCCCAGGCAGCCGCUUCUCCAGGACCCACCGUGGACUCGAGAGGGGCCUUGCAAAGCAUCUUCCACCAGCAGAGCCUUUGGAGGCUCCCGGGAGGGAGCCCCACCGCGGAGCCCUUUGGAGGGAUGCCUCCGUCGGGGCCAGGCUAACCCUGGGCCCCUGCUUAUCUUAGCCCCCCUGAACCUCCCGACACUGGAGGAAUACUUUUCUCCGAAGUCUACCCUGGACACUUUUUAGGGUGCCUGGAGAGAACUUUCCUCUCCACCGUGCCCCGUGUGGUGAAGAUCAACAGAAGUUGUUUGGGAAAAAAAUUUAUUAAAAAAUUCUAUUAUUUUAUCU